AUGUCACUGGCAAGGGAAAACUCAUCAUCAGUUCACAGACAUUCAUCAAAAAGGAUUUUUUAUUUCAACAAUAAAGAUUUACUCUUAUUUCAAGUGCAUCGGCUUGAGUUAGAUCCUUUGAAUUCUGUAGAAGAGAAAAGAAGCAUUUCAUGCCACAUUACUUGGGAUUUAUACACAAUUUUUUAUCGUGCAUUAAAUCUGCUUUAUAGACGACGCCUGAGAUAUCGCAAAGAUAUCUUUGCCGCCUUUAAAUUCAUGGCUGUCUGCGAUUUUAUUGGAAUUCACUCGAUGAUAUUGACAGAAAAUGCUAUAAAGAAGCAACAGCAACAGCAACACAAAAGAUUGUAA